GAAAGCGGAAUCAGGCUGGGUCCCGUCUCUUGAUAUCAAAAGUUGACGCAUUCGUGACCGUCGUGAUCACUCGACAUCGCUGUAUGGAGCUGGCGUAACUUUUAUGUGUUUCCAGUUUUCGUGGUAUGUGUGAUGUGUGAAUUAAUGACACCUUGCUGCUUUGGUUUGAGUUCUUCAAUGUCUUCCGACUGGUGAGUGAGUCUCGGGAUGGCUGCCCAACAGGAGAAGCAGAUACGUCAUCGUGUGGCGAGUGAAGAGAAGGCGUUCCAUGUUGUGCUGCGCCUCCUGGAAAACCCCAUAGCAGAGGACUACCUCAAGGAUGCUGGUCAGCUGAUCUCGACCAGUCACUAUGCUGAUGUGGUUGAGGAACGGUCCAUAGCCAAGGACUGUGGCUACCCCAUCUGUAGCAACAAGCUGGCAAAAGUUCCUAAACAGCAGUACAAAAUAUGCACAAAGUCAAAUAUGGUCUAUGAUAUCACAGAGAGGAAGAAAUUUUGCAGUAACUUCUGCCUUAAGGCCUCUCAGUUCUUUGAGAAGCAGAUAUUAACAUCACCAGUUUGGUCGAGGGAACAUGAACCCAAGGUGGACUUUGAGUUCCUAGCCGUACAAGCCAAGAGAUGUGCUGUCGGUGAUGAGGUGUUGCUGAGCUUGCCACAGACAGACUUGAAGAAGGAGGUACUGAAACUAGAAAAGCAGGACCAGAUCAGUUCCCCUAAACAGAAGCAACCUGACAGAGCUGCAAGUCCUGAAUCAAGCACAGUAACUACCCAGCCCCAAACAGAUGACGAUUCUUCAAACCUACUCUCCAACAUUGUAGAACACAUGGCUGACAUGACUGUUGCUGACGUCCAUCAGGUUCAUGGAAUUAAUGUGGACUUCUCAGAGCCGAGUACUCAAGGGGAGGCAACUCUUGAGAAAGUGAAGGAUGUUUGUCCGAUGUCAGCGAAAAUAGAUACAUUAGAAAAGGAAGAGAGGGUUACUAAUGAUCAAAGUGCCUUAGAAAUUAAUAGGAUUGAAGAUGAAAGUUCAACGGUUGAAGGUAAAAUAGGUCAAGGUGUGUCUGAAGGUGAGGGUCAUGUUGCAAGUUCAGAGGUUAAGGGUCAGCGUAACGGAGAGUCGAAAGAAGACUAUGUGAUGAGGCUACUGAGUAGAAAGAAGCAUCUGUUGGGUCAACUGGCAGAUAUUCAGGAAGCAGAAGGAGGCAAGAAAACUGAUAAGGAUGAAUCCGGUUCUUCGAGUAAAGAGAGUGGUCAUAAUGUGAUUGACUCGGAUGAAGAGGAUGACGAUGCUUGUAUUGAGGAUGGGCAUAAGAUACAGGAAAACAUUAUCACAGAUAUGUCUCUUGAAAAGAGAACAAAAGUUUCAGAUCUCCAUCCUGCCACUGUAUUAAUCACAGAUCUGUCAGCCUCUGCUAAAGGAGGUCCUACUGCUGAAACAUCACCAUCACAAAUACAGACACCAGCUAAAGGUACAGGUCCUACUGCUAAAACAUCACCAUCACAAAUACAGACGCCAGCUAAAGGUACAGGUCCUACUGCUAAAACAUCACCAUCACAAAUACAGACACCAGCUAAAGGAACCGGUCCUGCUAAAACAUCACCUUCACAAAUACAGACGCCAGCUAAAGGUACAGGUCCUGCUAAAACAUCACCGUCACAAAUACAGACGCCAGCUAAAGGUACAGGUCCUACUUCAAAAACACCAGCUUCCACAUUACUUCCUCUCAAUGCAGUUGCCAAGGUGCUGGAAGAAUGGGUCACACGGGACUCUCUUAAGUUCUUGGGCGUUGUUGAGAAAGAGGCUAUGGCUGUGAACCAGCCAGAGCUUGACAAGAAGUAUGGUGAACUGUGCAAGAUGGUAGCAGAUCAGGAGAAAGAUUUUGAGAGCCUGCUUGGGGAAGUGCAAGUAGAAGAUGACAAACAGGCAUCAGGACCAUUACCGGACUACAAGCAGAUAGAAGCUGAGGCUAAAGACUUUGAGCUGAGAGUGAGGGAGUUCUACAGGGGGUCGGUGGGGGGAAGGAAAAAGUGGACGAAGGACAAAGUUGAAAACACACAGCAGUCUGCAGGAAGUCCGCGCCAGAAGGUGCAGCUGCCGACUGUAGACUCCCACGACCAGAUGGUGAUACGGAGGAAGAUAGUGCUGGAGAGACUGGACAAAGUAAUUCCCGAUCUCCUGUCUCCCCUGUGUCUCUCCAUCCAAGAUGUGUCGCAGCACCUCCGAGAACUCGUCUACACAUUCAGUUUCACAAGUCAGAAUAUUCUCUUCAAGCCAGGACAGUGGAGCCUGGUGGCGUUCAUCCUGAUGAAGAUGCUGGCAUUGAAGUCGAAGAGGAUCCAGGCAUCCUUCAAAGAACAGUCAGCCUUUAAAUACUUCAACAUUCUUCUGACUGGCAUUGGCCAUACACUUGCUGAUCUGGAUGAAGUUGUGGAAUGGCUGGCAUGUCUGAAGCUACACAGUUGACACCUCAGCUUGUUGUACACCGAGAAGUCCUCACAUCAUCAGAUACAAACUCAGGGGACUGAUCAUUGAAGUACCCUCUGAAUUACUGUUAAGCAUUAAUUGUCAUAUAAAGACUUAUGAAGACAUUAAAUAGAAAUAUACCC